ACAUCUCCCAACUCUACACAUAUUCCCUAACCUAAAUACCUUCUAGAUAUACAUUUCACCCGUCGAUUUUCAACCUACGUGUGUUUCACAAUCCACGUGGAUUCCGACAUCCUCCGAAACCCCGCGAAAAACGCCGUCGCGCGGCCCCUAACGGUCAUCUUUUCCUCGCUGCCGGGUGCCUAUAAGUACACUUAGUUUUCAUUCGAAUAAGCUCAUCGGGUCGAAUGGAGACAAUCGAGCUCCCUUUCGUUAACUGCGCUUCUCUAGCUCUUCUUUUUCUUUUCCUCUGCUUCAUAAUCGAGGCGUGGAGAAAAUCUCGAUCGCGAAGGAGCUACACGAACUUGCCUCCGACCCCGCCGACGCUCGCGAUCGUCACCCACGUUUACCAGUAUGUCUUUGGUGGGCUGCCGCAUCGCAUGUUCGCGAAAUUGGCGGAGCGGUACGGUGCGAUCUUGCAUCUGCAGCUUGGCGAGGUUUCGACGGUGGUUAUUUCGUCGCGGGAGGGCGCUCGAGACGUGCUCCAAGCAAACGACCUCGCGUGCGCGGACCGACCGAAGAGCAUCGGGGCCGAGAUCAUGUGGUACAAUUAUACCGAUAUUGCCCUUAGUCCUUACGGCGAGUAUUGGAGACAGAUGCGUCGGGUAUGCAUUUUGGAGCUCUUGAGCAACCGGAGUGUCCGGUCUUUCGGGUUCAUUAGGCGCGACGAGGUUUCGCGCCUCGUUGAAUCGUUCCGCGCCUCGUCGGGAGACUCCGCCAACCUGACGGAGAAGCUCGCUGCGCUUUCAGCUUCCGUUUUCUGCAGAGCCGCAUUUGGUGAAGUUCAACGGGAUUACGACGAGCUCAUUCGGUUGACGAAGAUCGCGCACAGCAACGCCCUCGGAUUCCAGCUCGCCGAUCUUUUCCCGUCGUCGAAGUUGCUGAAAAUCCUGUGCUGGAACAAGUACAAGCUGCUGCGGCUGCGCCGGAAGCUCGACGCCAUUCUCGAGGGCAUCAUCAACGAACAUAAGUCGAAGCCGCAAGGCGAAGUCGGUAACGAAGACAUUGUCGAUGUUCUUCUCCGGGUUCAGCGGAACGGCAAACUCGAACUUCCCAUCACCGACGACAACAUCAAAGCGAUCAUUUUCGUGAUGUUCACCGGUGGAACCGAAACAUCGUCGACGACGGUCGUUUGGGCCAUGGCCGAACUGAUGAGGAAUCGGCGUGCAAUGAUCAAAGCGCAAGCAGAAGUACGACGGGCAUUCAAGGGAAAAAAAGCUAUCGGAGAUAACGACAUCCACGAGCUAAAAUAUUUGAAAUCGGUCGUCAAAGAAACUCUUCGACUGCACCCGCCGCUCCCGUUGUUGCCGAGAGCUUGCAGAGAAGAAUGCACGGUGAACGGAUACUCGAUCCCGCUCAAAUCGAACAUCAUAGUUAAUCUAUGGGCGCUCGGAAGGAAUCCCGAGUAUUGGGUCGAACCUGAAGCUUUUCGACCCGAAAGAUUUAUCGACAGUUCCAUCGAUUUCUUAGGGAACAAUUUCGAGUACAUACCAUUCGGAUCGGGAAGAAGGAUUUGCCCGGGCAUGAACUUCGGACUAGCGAACGUCGAGCUUCUUUUGGCGCAACUACUCUACCAUUUCGACUGGGAAGUACCCGAUGGAAUGAUUCCCGACGCCAUCGACAUGGAUGAAGCUCGAGGACUCGCAGCUCCGAGAAAGAACGAUCUUUUCUUGGUUCCGAUAACCUACAAUGCUGCGAAACAAGAUGUGGCAAGCGCUUAAAAAAAAAAAAAAACCCGAUUACGGGGAUGUUACACGAACAUUAAAGACAAAAUAUUAUACAACUGAAUGAUAAUAAACAUUUUCAUCA